AUGCCAGCAACACAUUCAUUUCCACCAUAUACCUAUGAGAUUAGUGUAGAGGAAUACAUUGAAGUAUACUAUCGUAGAUUCCCUCAACACAAGUUGUUCCCCUACAUUCUAGAUUCAGAGGUAAUCGAGCACCGUCACAACGAAGAUGGAACAGAGACUAUUAUUAGAAAAACUAAAUUAGAUAUUGAUGCUCCUGGUUGGUUUAAAACUUUGUUUGGUAUUCAUCAUUCUAUAUUCAUUGAAGAGGCAACCAUCGAUAAAGUAAAUAGAACCGUUACAAUCAAGACAAUCAACGAAACACUUUCUUCCAAGGCCAAUCUAUUAGAUACCACCAUAUACAGUGUACAUCCAGAGAAUCCAAAUUGGUGUACUUUUACCCAGACCGGUAGUGUCACUCUCUUGGUUUCAGUGUUGGGUUUCCAAAAGAAGAUUGAAAAGUAUUGUUUGAAUUUAUAUACAUCUAGAUAUAAUGAGUCAAGAGAAUUGGAUAAGAAAAUGAUUGAAGAAUACAGACAGGAGAAAUUAAACAAUCAAAAUCCAGAAGUGGUUGUUGACUCUAAUGCAACACAGACAGCAACAACAGCCAACUCAUCAAGUGGUGAACAAUUGAUGAUGGCACAAUAA